AUGGGGACGGGUGGGCAGGCCGUUCCUCUUGAACGGAAAAUUCAACUGUUACAGCAAUCGAGACACGUCCGCUACCAAGACCAUCUUCCCUGUAUUCUGUGCGGCGCCUCAAUCACCCUUGGCCUAGAAUCCUACACCGAACACUUUACCUCUGUUCAUGCCGACGUAUUGGAGCGGGAGUUGGCGGCGAACCCCGGUGACACCAGUGCCAGUAUAGCGCGCAAAUACUACAGGAGAUCGCAGAAUCCCCCAGCCCGGCAGAAGCAAUACGCCACCAACAACGACAGCUCUGACCAACCUUCGCCAGCCGGAGAACCCAAGUCCACCACUCCCAGGGCUGCCGCUACCACUACGGACACGCCAGCCGCACCCGCCACACCCAGCCUCUCGAAGGCCUCAGCCCAACCAAAUCGCGGAAGCCCCGUGGCCUCGUCACACAGCCAAACCCGGCGGUCUCGUGCGCGACCGACCACGUCGACGCCCGAUCCCGAAUUCUCUCGUCCCAAAGCUCAAAACCCGGUUCUAUGGUCCGCGAACAAUCCAGCGCAAGGACCUUCAGGUAAAAACCAGAACCCCCCGGCUCGCCCGCAACAUGAAGAUUCCGACAACAAGACAGAUACAAUGCAGCGCCAACCAGAUACUCGUCCCAUCACGCAGCAGCAGCUCGUCGCCGAAGUCAAGGGAAUUUACACGGGGCUUGUGAUGGUCGAGUCGAAAUGUAUUGAAGUCGAUACAGCGCAGGCAGACGAGAGCGCGAAGGAACUAAGUCACGAACAAUAUCAAGCCCUCAUCGCUUUACAUAGGGCACUACUUCACGAACAUCAUGACUUCUUCCUCGCGAGUCAACAUCCAUCGGCGAGCGAUGCAUUAAAGAGGCUCGCGUUAAAAUAUAGUAUGCCUGCGCGCAUGUGGAGACAUGCCAUCCACUCGUUCCUCGAGCUUCUCCGUAAGCGCCUUCCCGGAUCACUUCAGCAUAUGUUAAGCUAUAUCUACCUUGCCUAUAGCAUGAUGGGCCUCUUAUAUGAGACGGUCCCUGCGUAUAAGGAAACCUGGAUUGAAUGCUUGGGUGAUCUCGGACGAUACAGGAUGGCUAUCGAAGAUGAAAGCGUUCAUGACCGGGAAACCUGGACGGCAGUGUCGAGGUAUUGGUAUAGCAAGGCAUCCGAUCUGUCACCAACUACAGGCAGGCUGUAUCACCACCUGGCCAUUUUGGCUAGACCUAACUGGCUUCGCCAGCUCUUCUACUAUGCGAAAUCGCUCUGUGUGCCGAAGCCUUUCCUGUCGACACGCGAAUCGAUCCUCACGCUCUUUGACCCUGUUCUCUCCGAAUCCGGAAGCCCACUCCGCGAGUUGCAGGAGCCCAUCGAUGAUGCAUUUGUCCAGGCCCACGCUUGCAUGUUUUUGGGCCAACACCCCGAUCGAUGGCGCACUACAACGAACAAAUUCCUUGAGCUUCUUGAUAAUCAUAUUGCCCGUACUGCAAAGCUAUAUAUGGAGCCUGCCUAUUAUAUGGGAAUUGCUAAUUCAUGCGCUCUCGUUGAGUACGGAAGCAAGACUGGUCUGCUGUACAAUAUCAUCAACCCUCUCCCAUCGGAGAAACAGCAGGCCCAGCCGGAAGAGAUUGUGGAGGUUAAGGGCGAGGACCAAGACAGCGCAAUGAAGGGAGUCGAGGAGCAGCAGCAGCAGCAGCAGCAGCAGCAACCAACACAAGAACUAAGCACCGAAUUCAUACAGGCGCGUGAACUCUUUUGCAAGACGGCUCGGGCAAUAUUCCAAAGGCUAGGGGACCCUAACGUAUGGCCGUUUGUCCACGUCACGAUGGUGUUUACCCACCAUCUCACGUUUUUCCCUAGCGGGAUCAGGCUUAUCGAGCGUGACUUCCCAUGGAGGCCAUUCGUGGAUCUCCUCAAUACGUUGAAAACUGAUUCCACCAGGUACGAGGAUGAGAAGUUCCCGGGCCUUCACGACGACGCCGAGCCGCCGCGACCCUUGCCAGAGGACUUUGCCAUGCGUGGCCUACUCUGGACGGACAAGUAUCACACUGAAGAGUGGUUCGGCAGGGCACAGGUGGAUGACGAGGACAAGUAUUUCGAGGUGGCCAGUAUGGCGGAACAGAGAAAGGAGAGGAUCCUGUGGUUGGGGUGCCGCAUUGCGGUUCUCUACAAUAAGUGGAUCUCUUACGACAAGAAGCUGAAGACUUUCGCGGUUGCUCCCGAGUUUGACGAUGCUCCCGGCGAGGCUGGAGACGAGGAUAUUGAAAUUGAUGAUGCGGUCGAGGCCGAGACUGAAGCCGAAGCCGAGACUCCGACCAAUAAACGCACAACUGUGGGCCUACAGGAUUUGGACCUCGGUGAAGUCGGUCUGGAAAUGGAAAGCCGGGAACAGCUCCUGGAGCACCUACGGACCCAACAGAACCGACAGCUGCAAUUACCUCCGGAAACUCACACUAAAUCACAAGCGUACGUUGAGAUUGAUACUGUGGUGGAAGUCAAGGCGGAGGAGGAUGGACGGAAUUUAGAUCUACGGCGUUUGAGCCGUCAGGGCGAAGAUGGCUUGGAGCGAGGAGGCCGGGAGUAG